AUGCCCAUCACGGGAACUCUUCCCGAGGGCACGCUGAGGUUGAUCAACCAGCUCGCCCCGGAGUCCCUCGCCGACACAGCUGCUCUCGCCGCGACUGGCCUCUUGUCCGCUGCAUAUGUCCUGCGCGGAUACGCCUGGGACAGGCCCGACCCGUACGAAUACAUCUGGUACGAGAAGCCACAACAAGACGCCGCCGGCGGCAGCAGCGCGGCAAGCAAGAAAUCAAGAAACAUCGCAGAGAGGCUGGAGGAGCUUGGAAAAGAUGUCGUCGUCUUCUGGGGCUCGCAGUCGGGCACCGCGGAGGGCUUCGCGAACCGUCUCGCGCGCGAGCUGCACCAGCGCUUCCACCUCGACGCCAUGUCGGCCGACCUCUCGGACUACGACGCCGAGACCGUCGCGCAGAUCCCGCAGACCAAGCUGGCCGUCUUCGUCCUCUCGACGUACGGCGAGGGCGACCCCAGCGACAACACCGGCCCGUUCUGGGACUGGCUCACCAAGCUCCAGGGCAGACCCCUCGCAUCGCUGCGGUAUGCGGCGUUCGGGCUGGGGAACAGCAACUACAGAUACUACAACAAGGUCGUCGACGUGGUGGAUAGGGCUCUAGAAGGUUGCGGCGCCUCCCGUCUGGCGCCCGUCGGCCGCGCCGACGAUGCGCAGGGGGCCACGGAGGAGGACUUCCUCGCGUGGAAAGACGACUUAUACAAGGUCCUCCGCGAGACCCUCAGUCUCCAGGAACACGAGGUCGUCCACGAGCCCUCGCUGGCGGUCGUCGAGGACGAGUCCCUCGAGCCCCAGGACCUCCACGUCGGCGAGCCGGUGCACCUGAUCGAGGGCUCUGGGAAGUCGUCCGCGAACUCGGCCAUCAGGCCCCUGAAGAUCAAGAAGGCCUACAGCCUCUUCUCUUCCCCCGGCGGCGGCGGCGGCGGCCGCGGCUGUCUGCACCUCGACCUCGACCUCGGCGGCAACUCUCAGCUCACCUACAAGACGGGCGACCACCUCGCCAUUUGGCCCAUCAACCCCGAUCAGGAGGUCGAGCGGUUGCUGCAAGUCCUCGGCCUCGCAGACCGCCGCAGCGUCCCCAUCAGUAUCAACGCGUUGGACGCGGCCGUCAAGGUCCGGAUUCCCACGCCGACCAACGUCGAGACGCUCUUCCGGUAUUAUCUAGAAAUCUGCGCCGCUGUUCCCAGAGACGCCGUUCGCGGACUUGCCCAGUUCGCGCCGUCACCCGGGGCCAAAGAGUUCCUCCUCAACCUGGGACGUGAAAAGGAGAACUAUGCUACCUUCAUUGCUUCCAACCAUCUCACCGUUGGCAAGCUGCUCGAGUUGGCCAACGCGGCCGACGGCAACCAUGCGGCAUCGGCCUGGACAGGCAUCCCGUUAUCAUACCUCAUCGAGACCCUGCCCAGGUCUCAGCCCAGAUACUACUCCAUCUCUUCUUCCAGCGUCGUCUCUCCCAAGGCCCCGAGCAUCACAGUUGCUGUUUCCGAUACCCCGCUCCCUGCCUCUCCGUCUACCGCUAUCCCCGGCCUCACCACCAACUAUCUCCAAGCACUCUCCCGAUCCUUGCAGGACUCCCAGACAACACGGCAAACGGAGGGUAUGAGCUAUGCUUUAUCGGGACCGUCAAACGCUCUGGAAGGCGGCCACGUCUACGCCCACAUCCGCCGCUCCAAGUUCAAGCUCCCCAUGCUGUCUUCGCACCCUCUGGUCAUGGUCGCCGCCGGCACCGGCCUGGCGCCGUUCCGGGCCUUCAUCACCGAGCGCCUGCGUCUGCAAUCCAUCGGAAAGGAUGUAGGCCGGAUGAUGCUCUUCUUCGGCUGCCAGCGUCCCGACGACGACUUCAUCUACAGGGAGGAGCUCGAGCAGAUGGAGAGGGAUCUCGACGGCAAGCUGAAGAUCGUCACGGCCUUCUCGCGGCAGGAAGGCUCGAGGAAGGUCUAUGUCCAGGACAGGGUUCUGGAGUUUGGCGGCGAGGUCACGGGGCUUUUGGAGGAGGGCGCCAGCUUGUACAUGUGCGGAAGGGCGAGCAUGGCGAGAGAGGUUGGCAAAACUCUGGGCGAUGUCGUGAAAGAGAGCAAAGGAUGGAACGACGCCCAGGUCAAGGACUGGAGCGAAGGACUGAAGCGGAACCGCAAAUGGCAAGAGGAUGUUUGGGGUUAG